AUGACCGGGAUACGUACUCGUUCGACUGUAUUUCGUGCACUAACAGUGAUUUGCUGCAUUCAGGCAGCUUCUGCAACGCUGUUCCCAAAACAAGUUCCCGAACUAGAUUCUUUGGAGGAGCUGAUGCCUAACGUAGAACGAAGUGUUAAAGACUGUCCUUUCAGUAUUUACGGCCAUGGAGGAGUCGCACUAGCUAGCUCAAUAUUCGUUGACCGAUACGUGGAUAAAACAUUCAGUCAUACUGUAAGAGUAUUGAACGAUGAUGCGGUCUGUGUUGGUCUGAUUGUGGAUGAAAAUCACGUGCUAACUACAUCGGAUUGUGCUUCGUCGGAGGAUGAUGAUAGCUUACCAAAGAUUAAACUUUCCAACGAAACGCUGGACGCACUAAACACGGCUGAAAAAUUCCCUCAUCCGGUGUACAACGUUACUUUGCUACGUCUUAAUUCGUCCAUCGUUAUUAAUAAAUUGGCCGUACCUACAUGCUUUUGGGACACCGAUUUUAAUGAUGGAUUUGACAAAAUUCAAACAAUUUUCAUCGCUCCAAAUGGAAGUCUCAUUAUGCAGGAGACUCAAUGUACGUUUCAAAAUCGUGUUGAAUGUAUGACGGGGCUUAUUCAAAAGAGUUCAUUGCUGCAAACCAGAGCAAUCGCAAAUUAUCGUAUGCAUCCGUUCGUUUUUACUUUUGGCAUCGAAGACACGGGCGACGCUUUACAAAGCAUGAAAUAUAUCCCUUGGAUGGAAAGCUUAAUCAAUCGAAACAUAAGUUCGACUGAAUGUACCGCGACGUAUGAGGAAUACCGAGAUUUUGAAGAUUCGAUGACUUCUAGAAGCGAAAGUCACCAACAGGUACAAUAUUCCAAAAGCCGCUUAACGACUACAAACAUCAACCAGUACAGGGCACGUAUUGUCCCAAAUGCUACGGAAACGGGAUCCAAGCGCCACUGUUAUGGGUCACUGAUAGCGCCGAAAUAUAUUCUUACCGCUGCCAACUGCUUGAAACAGUAUGAGGGUGACGGCUACCAGGUGGAAAUGGCUCAGAAAAACGUUUGGUAUCCGGUGCGAUAUAAUGAACUGAAGGUCCGUACAGUGGCACAAAAGGUGCAUUACCAUCCAGACUUCGAUGCAGCAACACUAGCAAAUGAUAUCGCUUUGCUAGAGUUGGUGAAUCCCAUUCCAGAAUUUAAUGAAACCAUUGUACCAGCAUGCAUCUGGACGCGAGAUAAGCUACCGGCAGAUAUGUUCCAAACCAACGGAUACGUACCGUUCAAUGCAACGAUUGACGAUGAAAAUGUACGAACGCACCAGCUCUAUGCUACUUCCGAUGUGUACGACGAGUGCAUCGAUAAAGUGUCCGAAAAUCAGCUUUGUGCCGGAUUCCCAACAGCCCUGGCACCUAGCACCUGUCACAAUAGCGUCGGUUCUGCAAUGUCGCACGCACUGUACACCUUCGGCCGUUACUUCGAGUAUAUUUUCGCGAUCAACAGUAAAGGCGAAAAUUGUGGUUUCAACAGACCGAGCGUGUUCACCAAAAUAGCGCCAUACGUACAGUGGAUCGAUAGUAUCAUUUUUGCUUCCAAAGUGCGGUACGAGGAUGAGACCAAAUACUAUGGAGAUCGUUGCCAGGAUGAAAAUGGAACCGAAGGUACCUGUGUAGCUCUUCGAAACUGUCCGAAACUUGAUCAGGAAGCGAAGCAAGGAAAAGCAGUCAAUCUGUCGUCUUCCUGUUCGUUCGGUAAGCAGACAGAAAUGGUAGUUUGCUGUUCAGAUGAGAACGUGUUACGUGAUGAAGCUCACCGUGAGCAACUAGCACAAGUGAUCGAGGAGAUAGACAAUUGUCCGCAUCUCUAUCAUGAGCAUAGGAAAAAUAAAUCUCCCUACGACGUAGAUAACUUUCCGACCUAUCCGUACCUGGUCCGUAUCCACGGCAAUGGCGAUCGUUCUUGCAAUGGCACAUUGAUUACAAAACAAUUUGUGCUCACUACAGCUUCCUGCUACGAAAACCUAGCCGUAGAUGAUAUCUAUGUUGUCGUGGGUAACAAAACUCUACAAAAAAUUGCUGUGAAACACACAUUUACCCAUCCAGAGUUCAGUAAAGUACCAACGGAGUUCAACUUGUUGCUGCUGAAAUUAGAAACUGCAGUCACGAUCAACAACGAAACCAUUCCCGCCUGUUUAUGGAAAAAUCAAACACACACCCCCCUGCGACUGGAAGAAGUGUACGCCAAUCCAAACUUUACGCAUCAGCACUGUUUCCCUAUAUUCAAUACAGAGUGCUUGAGGAAGUAUCCCGAUUCUAAUGUUACCAAUCUGCAGUUGUGCGUGGAGCGGAAUAUUAAGUACUAUUAUCCGUACGUCGUUGUCGAGGAUGACGCUGGUAGUGCGCUUGUAAACCACGCUGCACAAGGUGUCAACGAGUAUCAAGUGACCUACCUUGUUGGGCUUUUUGGCUCAGGACAUACGAUCACAAAGCCUGCUGAUGAUGAGGACGAACGUCCUGUCAAGCAAUACUAUCAUGUGUACCAAAGGAUCAGUGAACAUUACAAUUGGAUCAAAAAUGUAAUCUCUGUUGCGAUGCAGAAUAAUUGAUUUCCACAAUUUGUUA